AUGAACAGUCCCGGCGCGUCAUCACCUUCUACCACUCAAUUGCCUCCACAAAAAGUCGUGGUACGGUUCAAAGCUGCUGGCAAUGCGCCCAUAUUGAAGCAACCAUUCUUCAAAAUAUCACCCACUCAAAAGUUUGAGUUCGUAAUUGGAUUCUUGAGAAAGCAAUUGGGAUUUCAACCAAAUGAACCUCUGUUCCUGUACGUGAAUAGUGCAUUUGCACCUGCUCCAGACGAGCUCGUAUCGAAUCUAUACAAGUGCUUUGGAAUUGAUCAAAACCUCAUUGUAAAUUACUCAACCACCCCUGUAUGGGGCUGA